GCAUUCCACCACUGAUGAUGAUAUCCAUUCAGUUGUGACAAACUCUUGGUGAUUCUACCCAUGGCAGUUCCACCGCUACCUACAAAAAGUCUCAUUUAACAACAGUGUUGGGGAAAUGAUUUCCUUCGAUCAGAAUGGGAACCUAGAAGCAGGAUUUGAUAUUAUCAACUGGAUCACGUUCCCAAAUCUAAGUGUACAUCGAGUCAAAGUGGGUAAAUUUGAUCUCAGAGCCCCCACAGAUGAAGUGUUCAGUAUUUCUGUGGAUGCCAUUAGGUGGCCAAAGACAUUUAAUCAGACUCAACCUCUGUCUUUGUGCAAUGAACCUUGCCAUAAAGGUCACAGCAAGAGCAAGAAGGAAGGGAAGCCAUUUUGUUGUUACAAUUGCCUUCCAUGCCCAAAAGGAAAAGUUUCAAACCAGAUGGAUAAAGAUUUUUGCUACCAGUGUCCAGAAGAUCACUAUCCCAGCAAAGCCCAGGAUCAGUGCAUACCAAAAGAGAUCAGCUUUCUAUCUUUCCAAGAACCUUUGGGAAUCACUUUGACUAUUGUUGCUCUUUUAUUUUCCUCCAUCACAGUCCUGGUCCUUGCAGUUUUCAUUCAACACAAGGGCACUCCCAUUGUCAAGGCCAACAACCGGGGCCUCAGCUAUACCCUCCUGGUCUCCCUUCUGCUUUCCUUUCUCUGCCCUUUGCUUUUCAUUGGUCGGCCUCAGAGGGCAACUUGUCUCCUUCGCCAAACUGCUUUUGGAAUCAUCUUCUCUCUGGCAGUUUCUUGUGUGGUGGCCAAAACCCUCACUGUGGUCCUAGCUUUCAUGGCCACCAGACCAAGCUCCCAGAUGAGGUCAUGGGUGGGGAAAAGAUUGGCCCUCUUUAUGGUGCCUUCCUGCUUUCUCGUUCAAACCACUCUUUGUAUUGUGUGGCUGAUGAGCUCUCCUCCCUUCCCAGAUCUUGAUAUGCAUUCUCUGCCUACAGAAAUGGUACUGGAGUGCAACGAAGGCUCUGAUGCCAUGUUUUAUUGCAUGCUGGGUUUCAUUGGACUCUUGGCCAAGAUCAGCUUUACAGUGGCUUUCCUUGGCAGGAAACUCCCAGACACUUUCAAUGAAGCCAAAUUUAUUACCCUCAGCAUGCUUCUCUUUUGCAGUGUCUGGAUCUCUUUUGUCCCAGCCUACCAAAGCACCAAAGGGAAAUACAUGGUGGCUGUGGAGAUCUUCACCAUCUUAGCCUCAAGUGCUGGAUUACUGAUCCUCAUUUUCUCUCCCAAAGUUUACAUCAUCUUGAUAAGACCUGAGCUGAAUAACAGGCAACAACUCAUAAGAAAAAUCCGCAUAAACUGAUUAAAGGAAUCAAUCUCCUUGUACACAAUAGAAUUUAGAUUUGUGACAAAACCACUCUGUGUUGCAAUGACAAGUGGCCUAAAUGUUUUUUAAACAGAAUAACUAAGUAUAAGUAAUAAUAAAAGUAAU